AUGGAAAAUAAAGAUAUCGAAAUUGAGGAUUUAAUUUACGUUGAAGAAGAUUUAAGUGACAGUGAAUUGAUAUCAAUUUUAUUUCUUCUUUAUGGCAUUGAAAAGCCAAUCUGGUUGCUUGAAAAUAUUAAAUCAAGAACAAAAAAUGAAAAGUUUCUUUAUAAUUAUGCAAAAGAUCAUAGCAAUUGGAGGACGUCAAUAAUUCAGUCAUUAUCAAUUAUUGGAGUUUUUGAGAUAGUUGAAAACUUGGGAAUUAAUAAGUCGGAAGCGAUAAAUUCAUUGAAAAGCAACAUGCAGAUCAAUGUCGGUUUAAAAUUACUCUUCAAAUUUUGCGAUGCGUGUUACCAAAACACAACUUCAAGUUUUAUCAGCUACAUCAAAGAGAAUUGUCAUACAGCUAAACAUUGCAAUCAUGAAAUGCUUGAAGUUUAUUUACUUCAUUUAAUCAUUAGUCAUCAAAUAAUUAUCACAAAAUCAAUUGACCAUUGCGAUUUUGUCUUCAUCACCAAUUUCCUUAAAGGAAAAAAAUUCCAUGAAGUGGAAAAUGUUUUGGUUGAAUUUCCACAAAAACAAAACUUGGAUAAUUCAAGGAGUUCAUCAAUAACAUCUCAAGUUUUUCGAUUACCCAACGAGUAUGAGACAAAAUCUGAAGACUUUUAUAAAACAAAUCGGAUGCUUGUUUUGAUCAUCAAUCAGGAAAAAUUUGUACGUGAUGAUAACCCAGAAGUGCAACAUCUUUUGCCAGAUGAGAACUUAAAAGAGAGAAAAGGAACGGAAAAGGAUUUGAAGGAACUUCGUGAUUUGUUCAAUGAUUUUAAUUACAAGAUUGUAGUAAAAACCGAUUUGACUGCCGCAGACAUUCUUAAAGAAGUCAAUAAAGCUGCAAAGCAAGCUUCACUUUUCGAUGGAGUUAUCGUGUGCAUUUUAUCGCAUGGCCAGGAAGGUGUCGUAUACGGUCACAAUUCACUUCCAGUCAGUAUCAAAGAGAUCAAAGAUCUCAUUUGCAUUCCUCCACUUCUAGACAAACCAAAAAUUCUUUUAAUCCAAGCAUGCCAGGGUCAAAAAACUCAACGAGUCAUUCAAAGAAUCACAAGAUCAGAAAUCGAGCACGAUGGACCAUCUUCAACAACAUUAACGCGUGGUUCGAAAUAUGCUGACUUUCUCGUCGUUUGGUCGACAAUUGAAGGCUUCACAAGUUUCCGAGAUAUUGAUGAAGGCACUUGGUUCAUUCAACUUCUCGUACAAAAAAUUCGAGAACUCCACAAAGAUCAUCACUUUCUUGACAUUUGCACAGCAACUAUUAGUGAGAUUAUCAAGAAAGGAAAGGAGAAAAAUAUUUGCAUGGUUCCCCAUUCAGAUUCAUCUUUUACAAGAAAGUUUUUCUUUCCAAUUCCUUUAAGCGAUUCCAAUUGUUAA